AUGAAACGUCAGUUCGAACGUGGCUCUCGUUCGAAGACAAUUCGUCAUGAAGAAAAUCAAACCGAUCGAAAUCGUGACGUUUUUCUACUUCACGAGAGAUACUUCGCGAUCGGUGGUGUAUGGCCAUUGAGAAAUAGUUACGUUAAAUUUGCAAUAUAUGCCGUUUAUUGCUCGAUACAAAUCACAUUGGCAUAUAUCGAUUUGUAUGAUGUAAUAGACGACCUACAUCUUAUGGUUGAAAAUCUUUUGGAAACAUUAGUGUCAAGUUUGUCGUUAUUAAUGAUAAUAAUUAUUCGUUUUCAUCCGAGUUUGGCAACACUGAUCGUCACUAUCAAGAACGAAAUUGUCAAUAACGGAGGAUACUUUGAAAAUAACGAGGAACGUUCAGUUUAUCAUCAUUAUAAUCAUAUAUCGAACACAUUGUCGAAAAUCGCAUCGACAACUUCGUUGUUCACAAUAACGGCGAUGUAUCUUAAACCAUUGCCAAAUAUUCUUCAUGCGUUAUUACAUCCUAUGGAGAUCAAUCUUGCUGCCGCUAGUGCAGCAGCAACAAAUUAUGCCAACAAUACGGAUAUAUUUCCUUUGCCAUUCAAAGGAGUAAAAUUGUAUCAUAUUACUAAUGUCCAAACGUAUAUAUUAUUAUAUAUUUUUCAACUGCCGUAUAUAUAUUGUGGAUUUUGUCACACGGUAACAACGUGCGUUAUAUUGACGCUAGUACUUCACGUUUGUGGGAAAUUAUCAAUGAUGAGACAACGUAUUCUUAUGCUUAAUACAAAACCAAAAGAUCAAUUGAACGAUGCGAUACGUCGCCAUGUUCAAUCACAUAUACAGCUUAUUUGGAUGGUAAAAUCCAUAGAAAAGAUUUUCAACGUUGUAAUACUCUUGGAUCUCGUACAAAAUAGCAUUAGAUUGGGUCUUUCGUCCUACGUUACUCUCGUGAGCAAAGACAAUAAAUCUGAAUUUGUCGUCAUGUGUACGUUCGCAUCUUACGCUGCAGUCGUAUUUUUGCUGAUAUUCGAGUAUUGUUUUAUAGGAGAAUAUUUAAUGCAAGAGAGCAAGAAAUUAGCUGAGUCGUAUUAUCACUGUAAUUGGGAAGAAAUGCCGCAAAAUUGCAAAACUUCUUUAUUAAUUUGCAUAAUUUGUUCGCAAACAUAUCUCAACUUGACUGCUGGCAAAUUUUAUACAUUUUCAUUGUAUGGUUUCACUGGUAUUGUAAAAACUUCGAUGGCUUAUUUAUCAAUGUUACGUACUGUUAUCUGA